AUGGCAAGUGAUUUAGUUGUCUUAAAUAGAAGAAAGGGGAGUAUUAGAGCACAGUUGACAAAACUGCGAACAUUCAUUGAAAAAAGAGAGCAUUUAACUGAAUCGACAGUGAUUACCCAACUGGAUAUUCUUUCGAGAACAAGUACAAGAUUUGAAGAACUGAGAAACGAAUAUUAUAGGACUGUGUCGGACAAUGACUUUGAUCAAGUGGAAUCCAAUCUAUCCGAACUCGAGGAUGAAAUUUUGAAAAUAGAGGUAAGCCUCAAAUCCAUUUUACAUGAUCUCAAAUCUACUUCUGUUUCUAAUUCUACAAAUGGUGCUAUUAUUAAAGAGUCCAUAGAUAAAGUUACUUCAAUUAGAUUACCGGAAAUACCUCUUCCAUUGUUUAACGACCGCGAAUCUCGAAAGCAGUUUGAACUUUCCUUAGUAAACAAGGAAGUUCCUGAUUUUGAUGAUUUCAUAGAAUUUUUAGAAAGAAGAUAUCAAGUUUUAAAUGCCAUUGGGCACAAUAUUCCAUACAAAUCUAAAUAUUCGGAUGUUAGUGAACAGAAAAAUAAAGCACGAACUCUAUUUGUUAAGCCAUCGAAUAAUCCCAAGUAUUGUAUACUGUGUAGAAACGCUGAUCAUCCAUUGCAUAAAUGCGAUCAGUUUUUGCAAUUCUCCCCGCAAAAGCGAUAUGAAACUGUUCGAGAAAAACAUUUAUGUUUAAAUUGUUUCAGAUCUCACAAAAUCGCUCAAUGUAAAUCGAAAUACACUUGUUUCACUUGCAAAGAAAAGCAUCAUACUCUAUUACACCGGAUGCAGGUGUCCACAGUAAGCGAUGACUCAUCCUCAAUGAAUUCAAGGCAGACUCCCUCAGUUGCUGACCCCUAUUCGUUGUGCAACCCUUCCCCCCUGACUUCCUGUUUCGUUACGCAGAAGAAAAGAGUGAUUCUAGCUACGGCUGUUGUUUAUGUUUUGGAUAGUUUCGGAACUGUCAGAAAGGGUAGGGCUUUAUUAGAUUCUGGAAGCAUGUGUAAUUUGAUGACAUCUGAUUUCGCCAAUGCACUUGGUUUAAAGAAAGAAAAAAUAAAUGUUCCAAUAUCGGGGAUUUCCGAUACUACUCUUAAUGUGAAAAGAAAAAGUACCUCCACUAUUUUGAACUCGGAUGGCUCUUUUACUGCAACACUAGAUUUCUUGGUCAUUCCGAAAAUCACAGAUCUAAUGCCAUCCACAUUUAUUGAUUUAGAAGGAAUAAAAAUUCCGCCUUACGUCCAAUUAGCAGAUCCGGAAUUCUUUUCCCUCCAAAAGGUGGAUAUAUUAAUAGGGGCAGAAAUAUUCUUAAGUAUCUUAAAAGAAAAUAGAUUUGAUAUAAAUAAUUCCUUAAUUUUGCAAGAAACUGUAUUUGGACAUAUACUAAGUGGAACAAUUCAAGGUAAACAGGAAUCACAGCAUUGUGGUUUAAUCUCUCAAAAAGAUAACUUAGAUAAUUUGUUAAAGAAAUUUUGGGAAGUUGAAAGUAUUUUAGAUACACCUACAUCUAAAAACAAAGAAGAAUUAGAAUGCGAAGAAAAUUUCGUGCAGACUUAUCGUAGGGAUGAGCAAGGUAAAUAUAUUGUUAACCUUCCUCUUAAGAAAAAUAUGCAAUUAGGCAAUUCCAUUCAAACUGCAAAACAAAGAUUAGAUAGUCUCUGGAAGCGAUUAAAUAAUGAUCCGAAUUUUUCUAAUCUUUAUUGUAAUUUUAUGAAAGAAUAUGAGCAAUUAGGUCAUAUGCAAAAAUUAGAUAGUAUUGAGAAUGUAAAAUAUGUCAUGCCUCAUCACGGCGUUUACAAGGCUGAUAGUAGUACAACAAAGUUACGCGUAGUUUUCGAUGCCUCAGCUGCAUCUACUUCAGGUGUAUCUUUGAAUAACUGUUUGCUAAAAGGAGGUGUUGUUCAAGAUGACUUGUUUUCAAUCUUAUUGAGAUUCCGAAAGCACAAGGUUGCAUUUACUGCUGAUGUCAAGAAAAUGUACAGACAGAUUUGGGUUAAUCCUGAGCAGUGUAAUUUUCAAUGCAUUCUUUGGAAAACCAGGAGUUCUGAGGAACCUUCAUUUUAUAAGCUUCUUACAGUUACAUACGGCACCAAAUCUGCUCCCUACUUAGCUACGAGAGUGCUAAACCAAUUAGCAAUAGAUGAGCAACACAAAUUUCCUUUAGCAUCUGCUGUAACCUUAAAAGAUUUUUAUGUUGAUGAUGUUCUCUCUGGUGCAGAUGACGUUUCUACUGCAAUAAAAUUACAGCAAGAAUUGAUUUCUCUUCUAAAAGCUGGUGGCAUGUAUUUGCACAAAUGGUGUGCAAACAAUGAAAUGCUUUUAGAAUCUGUUCCAUCUGAAGAUCAAGGUUAUCAGUUUGGUGAUUCUGAUAAAAAUACAAUUAAAACACUUGGCUUGAAAUGGAACCCAAAAGAAGACUGCUUUGGUUUCAAUGUCACUCCAUCAACUAGCAUUCCCACAAAGCGAACUGUUUUGACUGAUAUAGCUAAACUUUUUGACCCACUUGGUCUUCUAGGACCAGUGACAGUAAAGGCAAAGAUCUUCCUCCAGAGAUUGUGGCUACGCAAAAUUGAAUGGGAUCAAGUGUUACCACAUCAGGAAAAGCACGAAUGGGAAAUAUUCAGAUAUUGUUUAGGGGAUAUUACAAAGAUGCAGAUUCCUCGUUGCAUUCUAACUGACUCCAUCAAGGAAGUUGAACUACAUGGUUUUGCUGACGCAUCGAAAGAUGCUUAUGGUGCAGUCAUCUAUCUUCGUUGUGUUACUAUAUUGAAUCAUGUGAAGGUUUCUCUACUAUGCAGCAAAUCUAAAGUUGCUCCUAUUAAGGUGAUGACAAUACCCCGUCUUGAGCUAUGUGCUGCUGAGCUUCUUGCUAAGCUCGCUUCUAAAACUGUGUCAUCUCUUAACCUGAAAAUAGAUAAAAUUUGCCUCUACUCAGAUUCGACUAUAGUGCUGGCCUGGAUUAAUACUUCAUUGCAUCUGCUUAAGGUGUUUGUGUCAAAUAGAAUUUCCCGCAUCCAAGAGCUGACGAAAGAAUUUUCCUGGCACCAUGUAAAAACUUGUGAAAAUCCUGCUGAUAUUAUUUCCCGUGGUAUGACUCCUCACCACCUUAUGAACAAUCAUUUGUGGUGGAAUGGUCCACAGUUUCUUCAACAAGUUACUGUUGAACUUAGUGAUGAAAGUAACAUUCCUACUGAUGACGAAUAUUUUCAUGAACUGAAAGGAGAGACUACUAAGACUCUAACUUUAAGUGUGGAUGCUACAUUUUUAGAUUUACUUUUAUUAGAAUUACAAAGGGGUAAAUCAUUCUUGGUAAAAUCUGUGCAAGAAAUUGCAUUUCAGAGUGAUAUAAAUUUACUUCUUCAUGGAAAACAACCCACAGGUAAGAUUAAAAAUCUAAAUCCUUUUCUUGAUGAAGAUGGAAUUUUGAGAGUAGGAGGUCGUAUUCAACACAGCAGUGUAAAUUUUGACCAGAGACAUCCAGUUAUCUUACCUGACAAAAAUAUUGUUUCUGAUCUAACUUCUGAAGCAUUCAUUGCAUGCCUCAAAAGGUUCUUUUCAAGACGAGGUAAAUCGCAAUUUAUUUUUAGUGAUAAUGGUAAGAAUUUUGUAAGUGGUAAUUCUGAAUUAAAGAGAUUAGCUCUUAUUGUAACUAAACAUGAUGAAUAUUUAUCAAAUUUUUUAUCUGAAGAGGGCAUUCAAUGGAAAUUUCUUCCACCCAGAGCACCUAACUUUGGUGGCUUAUGGGAGGCAGGUGUCAAAUCCUUCAAAUACCAUCUCAAACGUGUUGUUGGAGUUUCAAAGUUAACAUAUGAGGAAUUUUUUACUAUUCUGCAUCAGAUCGAAGGAAUUUUGAAUUCCCGUCCUAUUACUCCUUUGUCUAGUGACAUGGACGAUCUGGAAAUUCUGACACCUGGACAUUUUCUCAUUGGUAGGCCAAUCACAUCCAUUGUUGAACCAAAUUUAACAAACACGGAAAAUAAUAGAUUGAAUUUAUGGCAAAGAACCUCAAAAAUGGUACAAGUCAUAUGGAAAAGAUGGCAAAAUAAUUAUUUAAGUACUUUGCAACAAAGACAUAAAUGGAUAAUUAAGAACCAAAAUUUAAAAAUUGGUGACAUGGUUUUGCUCAAAGAAGAAAAUCUUCCAUGUUGUAAAUGGAUUUUAGGUAGAAUUGUAAAUGUAUUCUAUGGUAAAGACAAUGUAGUAAGAGUAGUAAAUGUUAAAACUCAUUCUGGUAUCUAUAAACGAUCCAUUUCUAAAAUUGCACUUUUGCCAUUGGAAGUCUAA